AUGAAUUAUAACAAAAAAUCAUAUAAAGAAAUUAUUGACGAUUUAUUUUUAGAAUAUAAAGCAAUUGAUAAUAAAAAAAAAAUGACAAUUAAAAACAAAAGAUUUAAAAGGAUUAGUACUAAACCAAAAGAGUAUGACUUCAAAUAUUUAGAAAAUAGAAAUAGAAUUAUAGAUUUUAUAGAAAAGAAUGUUAUAAAUAGAAUUGAACAUUUUACAAUAGAAUUUUUUCAAAAACUGGGGUAUAAAGAAUAUUGUUUCGAACUGGUACCUUAUCAAGAGAUUAUUGACCUAUUAAUCAACAAUAUAGAGUCAAACAAUCCUUUUAUUAGAUUAUUUGUAAUUUUUGAAUGGUUUUUAUUUCAUCAAAACAAAGUUUUCGAUUCUUACAAAGAUAAAUACAAUGGAAAAGAAUGUGCAAAUAUUGUAGUUCAGGUAUUUUCAGAUAAAAGUGAAUAUGUAGCCUACACUUUGAAAUAUUUAUCUAUAGUUUUAGAAAAGGAUGGUAGAAUAGAUGAUUCAGAACAUAAUUAUUUAAAUUCAUUUUUUUUAUCAGACAAUUUAUAUAAAAUAUUUACAAUUAAAAAAUAUCAGUUACAUUCAAGACUUUCAAUAUUGGUUAAAUCAAAGUAUUUUAUUUCUUGUUUACAACAUGUCGUUAUAAGAAACUCUUCGCAAUAUAAGCUCAUUCAAGUUUUUAAAGAAAUUAUUACAGAAUACAAUGAUGUUGAAAUUUGCAAAAAUUUAUUAAAAGAUUAUAAUAACCAUGAUUAUGAUAAUAAUAUUAGUAAUAAUAAAAUAAUAGAAAAGUACAACAAAGAUAUUAAUUGCUAUACCAGCGCAAAUAAUAUAAAAAACUAUAAUAGUUACAAUAAAUUUAACAUCUAUAUUUUAAAUAAAAAUAAUAGAACCUAUAAUUUCAAUAACUACUACCAAAACAAUAGUAAUAAUAAGAAUAACAAUAUUGAUAUUAAUAUCAACUUAAAUAAUAAUAAAAAUAAAACAAAUAGCUUUAGUAGAAAAUUAAAUAAUAUUAUCUUAAAAACAAUAUUUAAAUUCCAUUUUGAAAAAUCAAAUCUAAGUAGUUUAUUUUUCGAUGUAAAGUCUUUAGCUCUAGUUUGCUGGGGGUUCUUCAAAGUUAUUCCAUCAUGUAUAAUACAAAUUAAAGGUUUGGUUUUUCAUUAUUUCAGUAUAAUAGACCAGGUUUCAUUUCAUCCCAAAUACUCUUUAUUUGUCCAUAAUCAAAUGCCAAUCACAACAAACUAUCACCAUAUAAUUAAAGUUACACCCUAUAGCAAAAUUAAUAAUGUUUUAAAUAAUAUUGAAAAACUAACAAUAGAAUCACAGAAUGAUAUUUAUAGCUUUAAAAAUAAAUCAAAUUUAUCAAUUAAUCAUAAUAUCUAUCCCUCAAGCCAAAGCCUAUCCAAAGUUUCAAGAAUAAAAUUAAUUAAUCAUUCAGUUGGUUGUUUCCAAAACAGAUUUUUGAAGGGUGUAAAUAAAAACCUAAUAGAUUAUAUUUUAAUACAUUGCAAUUCAAAAAUCACCAAGUUUACAUAUAUAAUCAACGACCCCUCCAUUCAUAGCCAUUAUUUUUCUUUUGACACUUCAGUAAUAGAUUUAUUAGUUCAUUAUCAUAAAUCAACAUUACAGCAAAUAAAAAUAUCAUUUACAAGGUUUUUUAAUGAUCAAGAUAAUGAUGAUCAAAUUUUCAACAACCAACCCAUCUCCCAAUUGGAUGAAAACAAUAGUUAUUGUAGCUCUAUUAUAACAAAUAAAUUUCAAUUAUAUAUCCAAAAUCUUCAAAAACAAAUUUUAAAUAGUUUUGAUAAUAGAAUAGAUUUAUUACUAUUUGAUAGUAAAUUGAAAAAAUAUAAAAAAAUAAAUCUAAGUUUAUAA